UUGAAAUGAAACAACCAGUUUUUCUUUUCGUCUUCCGUCCCGAGUUCCAAUUCCAACGGCUCUGUUGAAUAAAAUAAAAUGAAACGUCAUACAGUAAAUGGAGUGUAGAGCAAAUAUAUUGUGUACAACCUGAGCGUGAAUUCGUGACAAAGCUUCUUCGCAAAUCGUAUUGCAAAUUGCGAUCUAUUGUUACGCCCGGUGCUUCUGUUUACAUCUUAUCAUUUACGCCGCCACGGUCCUAGCUCUUCUCCUCAUCUUAUAAGAAAUGUGAAAAUAGAAUUUAGUUGACAUUAUAGCAGAGGCUUUUGCAUUUUAGAUAAAAACUCGGCUGACCUUAGAUUUAGUGAGGGAUCGACCCACGCCAAUAAUAAAGGCACUCCUACGCGGCAUAAACUACGCUAUCCGACUAACAAAACAAGAUGACAACUAAACUACAAGAUAUCCUUACUCCAACAACUUUAUAUUUACUGCCAUGCAAAUAGACACUUAAUAAUAGUGUAUUAUUGUUUAGUAAAAGUAGUGAUAAUUUGUUUGUGCAGUGUAUGUGUUGUACCUAUUUGAUGAAAUUCUGUUUCAAGGUUGCGGUUUAUUCGAACUUGGAGGACUUCUAAGCAAACUGAUUUAUUUUCUUUUCAUGCCAUCGCAGACUGCCCCAAAAAAAAUCUACAUUUUUAAAAUGUAUUCUAAUGGAAGGAAAAUUAUAGUGUAAAAUCAUUUUAUGAUCAUCGAAAAGAGUAUUAAAGAUAAAGACAUCAGCUUACCUGAAAACAAGAAUGGAUGAAAGUGAUGUUAUAAUAUCGUCCACAGAAAUCAUAAAAGACAGACUGUACUUCGCCACCCUGAAAUCCGGUUACAAGCCGAAGCCGACACGCAACAGCAAAUACUUCCACAUUGAAGAUGACAUCGUCUACGAGAACUUCUACUUCGACUUCGGCCCCUACCACCUGUGCCAUUUGUACCAGUUCUGCAAGAAACUACGCGAAGAAUUGGAUAAGAGUCCGAAGAAAAAGAUCGUGUUCUACACCAGCGAUGAUAAAACCCUCAGACUCAAUGCUGCCUACCUUAUUGGGAGUUAUCAGAUAAUAUACUUAGAAGGCAACCCCGCAGUAGUGUACCAGCAGUUGACGGAGGGUUCUGAUUGGUCGCUGCUGAACUUCCGCGACGCGUCAGGCGGCCCCCCACUCUUCGGCAUCUCGCUAUUGGACGUGCUGCACGGCAUCAAGGUCGCUCAUGACGCUGGCUUCUUCAACUUCGACCAUUUUGAUGCGGAGCAGUACUUGUUCUAUGAGAAAGUCGAGAACGGCGAUUUAAACUGGAUAGUCCCCGGCAAGAUGUUGGCGUUCUCCGGCCCCCACCACCGCUCGCGGCUCGACCGCGGCUACCCCCUCCACAGCCCCGAGCACUACCACGACUACUUCCGCCGACACAACGUCACGACCAUCGUGCGACUGAACAAGAAGUCGUACGACGCCAGGCAGUUCACGUCGCACGGCUUCGAACAUAGAGAGCUGUUCUUCGUGGAUGGCUCUGUGCCGUCAGAUCUGAUUGUUAAUCGGUUUAUAAGGAUUUCGGAGGCUGCUAAGGGAGCAGUUGCUGUUCACUGCAAAGCCGGUCUAGGCCGCACCGGCACGCUGAUAGCCUGCUACAUGAUGAAGCACCACGGCUUCACAGCCCGCGAGGCCAUCAGCUGGCUGCGCGUCUGCCGGCCCGGCUCCGUCAUCGGGCACCAGCAGUGGUUCCUGGAGAACGUCCAACCUCGUAUGCACGCGGAAGGCGAGGCGUUCCGGCGGCGACACAACAUCACUUCGUUCCCCGUCUUCGCCCGCGGCAUCUACUGCGAUCUACCGCCAGAGGGCGCCGCUAAGGAGGACGAUAAACCCGUGUCGCUGCAAACUAUACUACAUAACAACAAGAAUGCCACGAAUAAGUUGGACAACGCGAACGUUUUGAACGCCAACGAAACGGACUCCGAAAACAACGUGACCACAGUGAUCGCCAAAUACAAGACGAUACCCUCGCCCAUGCUGCCGAAGACGGUGUUCACGCCCAAGAUGAACUACAUGAUGCCGACAAACAACAUCAGAAACUCCAACAACACCAACCUCAAGCCGCAGCCGAGGAUCAUCAACAACACGCUGAAAUCCUACGCGUCGAAAACGUCUACUUUCCCGCCAACAAGAAGUGCCAAUUCCCAAGCUAAGUUGACUAAUGCCAAACCAUUCACAGGUAAGAGCAGUUUUCACGGCCAAAGAGCCAAUCUGGCGCGGCCGGCCUUAGGAUACACUCACGGCUCUAGCCCUUUGAAAACCUUUACCAGGAAAACUGUCGCCGCCAAAAUCACUAACAGCGACACGACGGUAACUAGCACGCUGAACAACGUUACGUCGACGUUGUCGGCGCUCACUGAGAACUGCCAUCUGAACGGCAAACGGCUGCCGUCUGAACCCAAUUUGAAAACUGUUACACAAACAAAAUCUAGCCCGGGCAAUAUGACGCGAAAGAAACUUAUAGUAAGAUCUAAUUCUAACUCCCGUAAGAAACUCCCCAAAAGUAAUCUUCCCAAAAGUGGACUCGAGUCCACUCAGGACCUGUCUUCCAGUGACACCAACGUCACCAACAUAUCGGCCGAUUCUCUCGAAACCCCCUUCAGGUUUAGAAGGAAAAGGGACAAAUCUAACAGUCCGGAACCUAUGGAUAUCAUUUCAAAUUCGGUCAUAACGGCCGAUGUCACACCCGACAAUUUCGAGGAGACGAAUAACUCGCAAGGCAACAAACUAUACAAAAUAAAGGCGCUAAGGAAAAAGUGCCCAGCGUUCGGUGUAAGUUUACUGAAGAAAGACGGCGUUCAAACUCGGUCGAGUAGUUGCGCGAGUAGCUCGACCGUUAAAAAGAAAUGAUGCUCGUGAAUUUCAUAUAAUUAGUGUUAGAGGGCAAUCGGUCCCAAUGCUAACUCGUCCCACUUUUUUUUUAAUUGGCUGAAUGACAGAUGAUCAUAAGGUAACUCGUUUUCGUUUUUUCGAUACCAUAAUAUGAGCAUUCUCUGCUUAAAGAGAUAGAUUCGCCGUUCCUUGUCUCUUCUUUUUCAUCUAACGCAAAUAUUUUGAAUUACGAAUAUGUUUUUGGGUUUUUUUUUUAUUACAGUAUAUGUAAAAAGUCAUGAGCUCAUUGAAUUUGGGACGAGUUGCCCUCUACCUAGCUUAGAUGUAGUAUUGCACAUAAUAUAGAUCCUAUAGGUGUUUAUUGUGCAUAGCACAGGUGUUGUAUUAGUGUUGGCGGGUUCGUUCAGACCAUUUUUCUUUUAUAUAAUCGACUGAUUUUUUAUUGAACUCAUAUCAAGAUUAAAUAAAAUUAGCUCAUUACUUCAACUCGAUGGGUACUUCGAUUCGACUCACAGUAAAACCUAGAAAUGUGAGCGUGGUUAAUUUAAGUGGAAUUUUUAAUAUUUAAAACAUAGUCGAUAGAACAUAGUUCAAAAUUUGUACGUAGUAUUUCGAUAGAUAUUAGAAUUUCCACUUUGAAAUAGAUCAUAAAGCUUAUAUUUGAUUGCGUUACAAUAAGUCGAGUAGAAGUAACAUCGACGUAGAGUUGAUGUAGGGGAUCCAAAAGGCCAUCACAGACGAGGAACGUUUUACCACGAACAUUUAUGCCGCCAAAAUAAAUUUGUCGAUUUUAAAUAGGUAUUUGAUCCACACGAAUGCAUUUCAUGGCUUUUUAUUUUCGCCGGUAGGACGAUUUUUUUUCUAUUUUAGCGGACAAAAUAGUCCAUGGACAAAAGUCACUCGUCUGCGCAGGCCUUAAAGCGUGAAAAGACAGGUGUGAACGAGUCGCCUCCUUAUGUGUUAGUGCGUGUAGCCGGGCCGUAAGUUUGUAACGUGGUCAAGACGGAUUAAAAAUCUAAUUUUCUUUGACUAAUCAGAGACUUUUGGCGUUGGCUUACCUCCAAAAGGGUCUUAGAUUUUGCUCAGAAGCAUUCACCAAAGCGGUAAAAUAUACUUAAUCGCGUAUUUCGAGAGAUAGGUGUACUUUUAGUUACUAUGGCUAAUUCUAUUCCGUGAUCAAAAUCAUAUCAGCUUUUUGGGUACCGUGUAUUGAGAUGGUCUAUCGCACCACCACCAUUGGCUCUACCAACCUAUAGGUUGUCGCCGAAUCAUGGGCGGGGCGCGCUGCUCUCCCUUCUCGCUCUGACAGUGCACAUUUUCUUGACUACCUUCAAAAUAUUUUCAGUGUCCUGUGUUUAUUACUCACCUCCCUAUUAUUUUGGGUCUUGAUAUACAUACGUAGUGGUAAAGAAGUAGAGCUCAAAAAUAUACAGCAUCGGAAGGCUCUUAUUAUGGAAUCAGCCACUUGCCGAAAGUUUCUAAAAGUAAUCUAUCUUUUAUGCUUAUUUGACAUUUGAUCUCAACGUUUCCAAACUGACGGCUCCAUCGUUGUAAAACCCCAGAGGGCGCCUAAAUGUUUACAAUCUCAUGUGUGUUUGUUUAAGUGCGUUAUGAACGAGAAUGAUUUGUCUGAUGGGUUAAUUGUGCUAUUGAUUUGAUGUGCAAUCUUAAUUCUAAGAAUAAUUUACGAAGUAUAUGCAGCUAUAGCUUCCAUUGUUUACACUGGGUUAUUAAUUUACUUUUUUUAACAAGUUUUAGGCAUAUUCAUAGCAAUUUCCUCUCACCGCAUUACUUACCUUUUGUAGUAAUCCGUUAUCCUAUCAACGUCUCAUGACAUAGUAAAAAGGAAGGUAUAUAAAUGUUAUUUGUAUUGUUAUACAUAAAUGAUAUCAAUAAAUGGUGUUGCUAGUCGCGAAAAUUAUUUCAUUUUGUUACUCUGUGUGUUAUUAAUAAAUCAUAAUGUUAGCCUUUUAAAAUUUUGAAUUGGUAACAUAUUAAGUUUUUCUACUUUAGUUCAUUAGGUAUUAAAAUUAACUAUCUCAUGCAUUACGCAAAGCGAUAAAUACCUUAGUUAAAGUAUCACUCUUUUAUAUGAUUUAUGUUUUUAUUGAAUACAUUUUUAUUAUAUGCUUACAAAAAUAUAAGGAAAUCAGUUAAUCGCCAUAGUUAAGGAGAAAUAUUUUUCUAGUUCGUAAGCACUAAGUGAUUUUCCAAUGCCAUUUCGUUUAGCUUGUAUAGCCUUAUGUUGUUUAAAAUGUUUUCGAGUUGUUAUUGAAUUGUAAUCUUUUGACGACUAUCACUUACUUAAAUUGAUUUUAUGUUGUAAAUAUUUUUUUCACAAAAUUAUAUUGUAUGAAAAUAUUUCUUUUAGAUUACAUUUAGUAAGGAUUUAUAGAUAUUCUGUACUGUAAGGUGGUGUAUGGACGUAUUUUCAUUAAUGAUUUACAUAUUUCAUCUUGUUAUGGGAUGCCAGUUUUGGGAAUACAUUUGUCCAAGUAUUAUUUGUGGUACAGUCAACCGCAUAUCAAGUUGCCCUGCAUGGAACAUUAGGCAUUUUUAUGCAUUUUUUACACGGAAAAAAUGUUGUGCACAUGUGAUUAAUAACGGCUUAUAAAAAUACGUCUAAGUACAUUAACAACUUUUGUUACAUUAGCAAACAAAGAAGCCUUAAGUCCAUACACAAUCCUCUACGAAGUUCCGAAUCGUACGAAUUUACCGUGGUCAUAUCAGAUUUGUACGCCUGCAUUAUUUUACAAAAUGCAAGCGCAGAUGCGUCUAAGCACUUAUUUAUAUAGUUAUGCUACCGCGCCAUCGAAUGGAUCUCCAAGGAAACGUCAUUGGCGUAUCUACAGAGAUUAUCCAGCGGGGGGGCUAGCCCCCGAUAUCGAUAAAUGUUGUGAAUUCUAGGUCGUAGGUGAGCCACCUCAGAAGUUUAAAAAUCACUAAUAAAAUUUAUAAUGGUGAUUUUGAUGGUUUGAAUGGUGAUUGAUUAUGAUGGUGCGACGUCCCAGUAGUAACACCUGUGAAUGUUGUUAGACUAUUGUCUCGGCCAUUUUAAAAUAAUUUGUUGUUAAUCACUGUACUUACAAUUUUAUUGCAAGAAGUACAACCAAGUAAGUUGUCAUCUCAAAAUUGCAAAAUGUAUAGAAAAUAUUUUGGUGUGAGAUCGGAAGAUGUUAACAUUUGCCUUAAAAUUAAUAUGUACAUAUCUCAAUUUUUUUCCCUUUCCUUUAUUAUAAUCAGUCAUUAAAAAGGACUUAUUGAAUUCAAUAUUAUUUAUUAUGCUGUCUUUACCUAAAUAAAUAUUAAUUAUUUGACUCAAAAUAGAUAUUAUAAUUGUGAGUACAGUAUGUAAGACGCUUUAUAAUUAUAGUUAAAUUAUAAUUAUUAUACGCUAAAGCGGUGCGGCAGCUGUGAAAAAUGUGACUUUUUAUACGAUAUUUUGGUUGUAUUCAAUUUAUUUGUUGCUAUUAAAUUUUAUUGUUAUUCGUUUAACGUGGACUUAAUAUAAAAAUGUUUCAAAAAAUUUCUUCGUUGAAUCUUAUCCAAUAGUGAUUCCCUUACUAUCGAUAGUUUUCACCGGAAAUCUGAUGUGUUGUAUUUAUAAUGGAGACCGAGGUUUAAGUUGAGAAAUGGAUUUUGGUUUUCUAUCAAUACAAUAUUUGACUUAUCAACUGGCAAAGCUAGGGCACUUCUUGGUUGAAAAAUUAGUUUUGAUAAAAUCGUUUCUAAUGACACAUGUUUUAUGGAUAUAGAAAUGGUGUUCUGUAUUAUACAAUUUUUUUUAUACUGGCUUAUUUUGCAGGCCUAAAAUGAAGGAUAAAAUAUUCCAUAUAAUUAUCAUGAACUAUAAGGUCUUUGCUAUACUCUAUUUCUGAAUGAUGUGUGUCUUUUAUUUUACAUUUGAUAUUUAUACAUUUACAUUUAACAUAUUAUGUUUAAAUAAUUGUAUCACUUGUAUAUUUUUACAAUUUCUAAGUGUUUGUUUACAUUUAUAAUUUUUCUAAGAUCAUCAAGUAAAUAGAAUGUCCGCAAAAAUUAAUUAUGUUUUUUAAGUGUAAGUGAUGCAUACGAUUAAAUAUUUAAAAAAUGCCUAUCUUGAAACACCAGGUAAUUAGCAAAUAGUUUUGUGUCUGGGCAAAGUAAUAUUUACUCCUCCAACUACCGACUCUAACAAAAAGUUUGAGUCAGCCCUAAAAUAAGUAAAAAAGUCUGUCAAAGUUUUAUGUAUGUAUGUAUGUAACAAACAUACUUAUCGAAAAUAUUGGAAAAAAAAUUCUUAGUAUCCAUGCAGAAUUGCUCCUUGGAUUUGGAUCUUGUUGAAGAGCAAAAAAAAAUCAGUUUAAUUCACAAAUUUAUAAUGCAAAAAGUAAAUAAUAUUUCAAUUGACUAUUUAUAAUAAACUGCCUUGUGUAAUGUUAUUAUUGCAAGAUGUGCCCAUACAACAAACAGCAUUGUCAUUUACUCUGAUUUAUCUGACUUGCAUAUAUUUUUAAAUAAACAAAUACCAUGUGUUUCGACUUGCUAUAAUCGCUAACGAUAGUAUUCGGAAACCGCCAGGCGCGAUUUCAUACAAAUACUUGAGUCUCUAGCGAGUAUUGUAAGUUAUUGUCGUUGAAGCAAACUGUUAUAUAUUGGCGAGUUAUGAGUCCUCUGUAAGCGUUAAAGUAUUUUUCUAACAACGUAAUCUCGCUUAAAUUUUCCAAUGAUACCUAUGCCGUUUGAUGAUAUUAUACCUAUAUCAUAUUACCCAAGUUGAUUGUAUCACAUACUUACAUAUAAAGAAAAUAAUACUUAAUAGGAUUUUUUUUUCUAGAAACAAAUAACAAAACUCGAUGUUGUAUCCUUACUUUGCCAAAAUUGCAUCAAAAUUAAUUGUAUUUUUUGGAAAUGUAAGCUAUGUUGUUUGAAAAUGCACGUUUACAGAUGGCAUAUGGAGCGCGUAGAACCUGGGACCAGAGCGUUGUAGUGAUAAAUAUAGAUUGUAUAUUGUUUUACUCUGUUGUCUAGAUGUAAUUUUUAAAUUUCUAAUAAUUAUGUUGUGAUCCGGAGACCUAAUCAGUUACUAAUGCACUCUUACCUGUAGGUACGUGUGUGCUCGAGAUAACGAGUGGUGUUGAAUGCUUGUGCUUAAUACAAAAUAAAAAGAUAUAUUCCAAUUUAA